AAACCCACAUCCCAUGUAAUUUAGACUAUCACUUACUAAAAAAUAAUAAUUAUUAUAAAAAAUAAAAAAUAACCAUGGCUACGAGUAGAAAAGACAAUCAUGGCUUCUCAUAAUUUUCUUGCGCAAAAAUUUAUCUGACGUUAGUAAUUGAUGUCCAGGUGUCGUUCUAUUGUUCGUCCGUACUACCAUACCAACAUGGAAAAUGCUACUUGAUAACACAGGUAGCUACGUAAUAAUUUCUCCGUCGAGGAGUCAACAGAAUUGAAAUCGAAGUUUCGUCGUCUUCCUUCCUCCUCCUGUGUGUAUUAAUAGCCAUACAACUCUCUAACUCCACUUCUCACACCUCCUCCUUCCUCUGAAAAAAUCUAAUCAAAUCUAAAAGCCCCACCCAACCAUGGCCGAUAUCAUACUUGGCGGAAUAACCGAUUCUCCAGGAACCGUGAACAGCGUCGAAACCAUAAUCCUCGCUCGCUUCGCCAUCGGAGAACACAACAAGGAGCAUAAUGGUCUGCUUGAGUUUGUGAGGGUGGUGAAUGAAAAGCGGCAAAUGGUUGCGGGGAUGAAUCACUAUUUGACUAUUGAGGCCACCGACGCGGGCAAGAAGAAGCUCUUUGAAGCCAGGGUCUAUGUGAGGGCUUGGGAGAACUUCAAGAAAGUGUCGGAGUUCAAGGAAGUGAAGUCCACGGAAUUCCGUAAAGAAAACAUAAAUUUGUUUCUUCUUUUGUUUUUUUAUUUUUUUGUUUUUAUAAUUACCUGGUCAUUUCUUCGGAAAACAUAAAUUUUUCUUUAGUAAAAGGAUGAUAAAGAAAUCCACAAGUUGGCAUGUCUAAAGGAGGAUCUUUCAGUUCCUUGAGUGGCUCCUUUCUUCUUUGGAUGCAGCCAUAAGUGAUUGUAUAUACUCAAUUUCCUUCCUCAGUGUUUUGUUUCCGCUUGAUAGCGGGCGAAAAAUGAUAGAGGAAAUUUUUUGUUA